AUGUCUCGCGAGCCGCUGCGAAAUGCAGCGGAGGAGUCGAGCUGCACGUUGCCCUGCCCCCCACCUGAGCCGAUACCCUACGGGUAUACCAACGUCAGCGGCCAAUGGCGCUGCGCUGAAGGCUACGCGGGGGCUGCCCAGCACAUUUGCGUCUACGAUGGCGCGCCCUUCUGCAAGCGCCGGCUGGAUCUCAAAGGGUGUUAUGCCCUGCAGCCCUGUGCAGACUUGCAGCUUCCAGAGGAAGAUUUCUGCGAAUUCAAUCUCUCGGAGUGCCGAGGCGUGGCACCUGGCCAGAGCUGUCAGCUCAACUGCAAGGAGCCAUUUAUGGACGGCGGGGUGCCGCGCUUCGCGCGAUGUCCUGACCAGAACGUAAACCCGGGGAAGCAGCCGGUCUUUACGACUUUGCCUCGUUGUCUCCUCUCCUGCCCGGACCCGGUGACAUUGCCGGAGGGCUACAGAAAAGUGGGAUCGCAAUGGCAAUGCGACGAUGGUUGGGUUGGCCAAGUCAACCGGACCUGCCGUCACUUCGCGAACUGCUCUUACCAGGUGUUAUUCGAGGGCUGCCAGCGGAUGGUGCCCUGCUUACCGCUAGUCGUCGAUGACGAGCUUAGCUGCAAAAUGGAUGUAUCAGAAUGCAAUUUGCUGGCGCCGGGCGCCAGCUGCCGCAUCUUCUGCCGGGAGCCGUACGCGGGGCCGCCGGGCUUCGCUACUUGCGUUGCUUCCAACGUGGACCCCCAGAGGCUGCCGUUGGCUCAGCUGCCGAGUUGCACCACAGACUGCGACUUUUUCCCGGCGGGGUACAUGCGGACGGCGGAAGGCUGGAGCUGCGCCGACGGCUUCGGCGGCGUGGCGGUUGUGGAGCGCGGGGACUGCGGGGCGCCGCUGAGCUUCCGGGGCUGCUUCCCGCUGCAGCCCUGCCGGGCCCCGGAGGUAGACCACUGCCUACUGGAUGCCUCUGACUGUGAGCAAGUCCCAGCCGGUGGACAGUGCUUGGUGCGUUGCCCAGAAGGAGUCUACGAGCCCGGCUUUGCCACAGCCACCUGCCCGGAGGGGAACACAAACCCGCUGCAGCCGCUGAGCUUUGAGCUCGAGUGCACACCGAAGUGCGGAGAGUUUGACCCGGUGCCGGAGGAGUACACGCGAGAAGAGGGGCAAUGGGUCUGCGCUGAAGGCUUUGUGGGCAACGCUAGCUACAGCUGUGGUGUCUUCGCAGAGGGCGAGAACUGCACCGGCAUCGGGAAUCUCACAGGCUGCGAGGCGCUGAGGCCCUGUGCAGCCUUGGACUUGCAGCAGUACGAGACGCAGUGCAGCGGCGUGGUGACAGAUCCCGGGGAGACCUGCGCGGUGGAGUGCCCCGAGGGCUUGCACGGGCAGCACACCGAUGCCUUUUGCCCGGAGGACAACGUCGACCCGUCACAGACGCCCAUCGUGCCAGCGUUUCCGGACUGCCGCCUUUCAUGCGACGCAGGGGUUGCAGGCUACGAGAAGACCAACGAGGGCUGGCGCUGUGCUCCCGGCUACGCGGGCCUGGCAAGGGCCUCAUGUCGGCCCAGCUGGAGGUGCGGUGCGGAACUUCACCUGGACGGUUGCCUGCCCAUUGUGCCGUGCCUGAGGCCCACCUUUGGUGAGGACACCUGCCGCUUCCAGGCUCGCUGCCCGGAACGCAUGGAGCCAGGCUCCCAGUGCGAGAUCCAUUGCCGGGCGCCCUACGAGGGCACAUCUGCGCUGGCCUGGUGCGGGGCGGAGAACACGGACCCACAAGGAGAGGCGGCCUGGGAGCGCCCCAUGUGCAGCUUCGAUCAGUGCCCUGACCCGGUGACGCACAGCGACGACUACGCCAAGGAUCCCGGGUCUCCAAUUGGCUGGCGCUGCGCCGACGAUAAGACCGGCGUUGCUGCCGUGCGCUGUGAAAGCGUCUUGGUGCCUGUGGGGCACCGGUCCUACCCUUGCGAGGUGCAGGAGGGGAUCCUCUCGGGGUGCGGCCUGCCGCAGCCCUGCGUGCCCCUAGAGGCCAUGGAGGACUGGGACGAGUGCAUGUACGACAUCGCCCACUGCGGGGAAAUGGUGCCCAACAGCUUCUGCGAGGUAAAAUGCCGCGUGCCCUACGUGGGCAGCUCGACCUUUGCGAGGUGUCCCACCUUCAACAUCGACCCCACCACUUUGGUGACGUGGACACCUCCCACUUGUGUCAUGGACUGCCCAGUACCAGAGCCGAUUCCAGCGGGUUAUGUGCAGCAAGAGGACAGCUGGCGCUGUGCCGAAGGCUACGUGGGCACUGCCCAAUCGAGGUGCCAGCUGGGCAACGGCACCUGCGCGGCGGUGCAGGUGCUUUCUGGCUGCUUGCGCCUGGAGCCCUGCCCUUUGCCUCAGGCGCACUGCAGCCUGAACUUCUCGGACUGCGGAGAGGAAGUGGGCGAGGGUACGUCGUGUUUGGUCAGCUGCAAGCGCAGCUACGCUGGCUUCUUGCGACAGGUCACCGAGGACGAAGAGGAGGAGAACGAGAGCAACUUCAGCAAUUUUAGCUUCGACGUGAACGACACCAACACCAGCCAGAAUUGGAGCAAUGCGUCUCAGCCCCCUUUGCUAUCUUUGCAGAGCAUGGAAGCUGAGCCGCUGAUUCCUUCAGAUGGAGUCGUGGGGGUUUGCCCUGCUGGCAACACGGAUCCAGGACACGAGCUGUUGCUGCCCGAGCUCAUCUGCAUCUUCCAGGACUGCGUGGACCCUGACGUAGCCCCGGAAGGCUACGAGAAGGUGGAGGAGGAGUGGCGAUGUGGCGAAGGCUUCGCUGGCAACGUCACCACUGCCUGCGGCUUUAGGGACGACUGCGUAGGGGAGCUCCAGUUGUUUGGCUGCGUGCCGGUGGUCGAUUGCGCUGUGCCGCCGAUGGACCGCUGCCGCUUCGCCGGCUGCGAGGGCCGCCUCGCGCCGGGCCAGCACUGCGAGCCCUUCGGCAGAUGCUUUGCGGAAUUCAGCCACUGGUGGGAUUUGCAGCAAGAUGCGAGGCAACAAGGAGCACGCUUCACGGACGAGCUGCGAAGGCAUCUAGCGCAGCUGCUGGGGGUGACCAACUUCAGGCAGCUGGCGCUGGCCUGUGGGACCAGCAAGUUGGCCCCUGAGAGUGGAUGGAAUGACUCCAGCGAUCUGGUGGUUGUGGCCCAAACCUACGUGGAGGACCCACGGGAGAUGCUGAAAGCCGCUCGUGGCGGCAAGCUGAGCAAAGUUGAGGAUCUAUUGGACCAAGCCCAUGAUCCCAAUGCAGCGGCCGAGGGGACGCGGAAUUCCGCCUUGUUCGAAGCUGCGUGCCGGGGCCACGAGCAGGUUGUGCAUUGCUUGCUAGAAGCUGGAGCUGAUAAGAACGGGACCAACAAGGAGGGCCACACGCCCUUGUACGGCGCGGCCUCCUUCAACGGCGGGAAUCUGUCGGUGGUGCACCGAUUGCUGGAGGCCAGAGCAGGUACCGACCUAGCCAGCAUUGACGGCUACACGCCCCUUUGGGCUGCAGCAGCAACGGGGCAUUUGGAUUUGGUGGACUGCUUGCUGAAGGCCAAGGCGGACAAAGAGAAGCCUGGGAAGCGAAGGCGGACGCCUUUGUGCAUCGCAGCAGCUGCCGGGCACCUCCAGGUGGUGCAGCGCCUUUUGGCCGCCGGGGCGGAGAAAGAGGCCCGCGACCUCGCGGGCCGCACCGCGCUGGGCUUUGCGGCUGCCGGGGGGCACGAGAAGGUGGUUUCCUGCUUGUUGCGCGCUGGGGCCUGCAUGAACAGCGACGAUCAGGGCGUCACUGCCCUGCACAGCGCGGCAUAUCAGCGGAAGGUGCUGGUGCUUCGCGCUCUACUGGAGCAUGGCUGUGACCUGAACAAGACUGACAAAGAAGGCCGCUCGGCUUUGUGCAUCGCGGCCGCAUCGGGGGACAAAGCCAUAGUCAGCUGCUUACUGCAAGCGGGCGCUGACAAGGACCAGGCCCAGAAGGAUGGGCGGUCGCCCCUGUGGAUAGCGGCCACUGCAGGCUGUGAGGAGGUGGUACGGUGUUUGCUGGAUGCAGGGGCUGAUCAGAAAGCCAGCAACGAUGGCUCUUCACCUUUGCUUCUGGCUGCGAUGGAAGGCCAUUCUGCAGUGGCCCGUGCUUUGCUAGCUGCCGGAGCAAACAAGGAUGAGGCAGACCGGGCUGGGCGAACCCCCUUGCACGCUGCUGCGGAGCGUGGGCACGUGGAGGUUGUGCGUUGCCUGCUGGCGGCCAAGGCCGCGCCCUUCAAGUUGGAUUCCAAUGGCUGGACGGCCGCGAGGAUUGCUGCUUCGAGAGGCCACGAGGAGGUUGUCCGCUUGUUCUCAGAGUGA